UGAAAGAGAGAAACAUUGAUUACGAACUUCAUUGCACUCUUUGGUUCUCUCUCUCUCUAAAAUAUAGGGAAAGUGUUUUAGUAGGGUUUUGAAUUUGUUUCUAUGUGAUCAGGUUCAGUUGUGGAAAGAAAUCUUGGAGUGUAAUGGAGGAUUUAACAAGAGGAGGGAGAGUGGGUGAGUUGAAUUUGGCUUCGAGAAGGGCUGAAGAAGCAGCUUUGAGAAGAUAUCAAGCUGUCCAUUGGCUAGAUUACCUGGUGGGGCCACUUGGAAUACCGACCCAGCCGUCUGAGAGAGAGUUCAUUUCUUGCUUGAGAAAUGGCUUAAUCCUUUGCAACGUAAUCAAUAAAAUUCAACCUGAUUCAGUUCCAAAGGUCAUAGAAACUACUAUGCCUUCACAGUCACUCCUGUGGGAUUCCCGGCCAUUGCCAGCUUAUCAAUACUUUGAGAACAUUCGGAACUUUUUAGUGGCUGUGGAAGAACUGAAGCUUCCUAUUUUUGAAGCUUCAGUAUUUGAAAGGGACAACUUAGAAGAGGGGUCAGCAUCUAAGGUUGUUGAUUGCAUCUUGGCACUGAAGGCUUACCAUGAGUGGAAACAAAUGACAGGAGGCAGUGGACUUUUUAAACCACCCAGAUCACCGAUAGUUGUGCAUUCAGCUGGUAGAAUCCACGCACGUAGUCCGGGCUCGGUUUCUUGUCAUAGUUCCAGGCAAUUAGAUAUGUCAGGAGGCAGCACAGGAUCAAUUCCAUCAGUGAGUGAUAUCAGGAAACUUGAAGAUACAAUUGUCAAGGCUCUUGCUGAACACAUGGUUGACACAAAGGAGAACAUUGACAAUAACUUAGUGGCUUCUUAUCGUAGAGGAAGUGUGGAUUCAGUGAAAUUCUUCAGCAAGAUUCUCUCCAGUUGCUUGGAGGAACAAUUUCGAAGAACAUUUCCGGAGAUGAGAUCAAGUAUAUUGGACCAUUUAAGAGAAAGAAGUUGCUCACCCAUUCCCACAUCUGUGCCCCUUGUAGAUUUGUCCAAUCUGGAAAACCGCCAGUGUUGCAGAGCUUGCUUGAAGAAGGGUAGCUGCAAUCAUUGGAAUCUAGUUGAGCAGCAAGAAAGGGAGCUUUCUAAUAUUAAACUGUUGUUAUCAAGUGCAAAGCAGGAGGUUGAGAGCCUGCAAUAUCAGCUUCAAAAUGAUUUAGAGCAACUUGGAGAUCAAGUGCUUGAGAUGUCUGCUGCUGCUCUUGGUUAUUACAAGGCUGUAAAAGAGAAUAGGAAUCUGUACAACAUGGUUCAGGAUCUGAAAGGAAAUAUUCGAGUUUACUGCAGGAUUAGACCUGUCUUGAACCCAGAGGAGCAAGAUGUUAUUGAUUUUAUUGGAGAAAAUGGUUCACUAGUGGUCAUUGAUCCGAAACCCUUAAAAGAUGAAAAGAAAUUCUUCCAAUUUAAUCGUGUGUUUGGUCCAACAGCCACACAAGACGAGGUGUACAGAGACACGCAGCCUCUUGUUAGAUCCGUAAUGGAUGGUUACAAUGUCUGCAUUUUCGCUUAUGGUCAAACUGGAUCUGGCAAAACAUAUACUAUGUUGGGUCCUCCAGGUGGAUCAGCCAAGAAUUUGGGAAUCAGUUAUUUGGCUCUUAACGAACUUUUUGAACUGUCUGACCAAAGAAAGGACAUCACAAAGUAUGAUAUUCAAGUACAGAUGGUUGAAAUACACAAUGAACAAGUUCAUGAUCUUCUUGCAAAAGAUUUAGGCACUAACAAAUUAGAGAUCCGGAGUUGUGCAAGCAACAAUGGCAUGGCUCUUCCAGAUGCUACAUUGCAUCCUGUGAGAUCAACAGUUGAUGUCGUAAAUUUGAUGAAACUUGGUCAAGAGAACCGUGCAGUUGGUUCCACUGCCAUUAAUAUUAGAAGCAGCCGUUCACACAGUAUACUGUCUGUCCAUGUGCAUGGUGAAGAUGCAUCUGGAAGCUUAUUCCGUAGCUGCCUCCAUUUGGUGGAUCUGGCAGGUAGCGAACGGGUUGAUAAGUCGGAAGUUACUGGAGAUGGACUCCAAGAAGCACAGAACAUAAACAAAUCUCUUGCUUGUUUAAUAGAUGUCAUCACAGCCUUGGCACAGAAGAACUCUCAUAUUCCUUACAGAAACAGCAAACUCACUUUACUUCUGCAGAACUCCCUAGGAGGAAAUGCAAAAACCUUGAUGUUAGCUCAUGUAAACCCAGAAGGUGAUUCUUUUGAAGAGACAAUGAGUACUUUGAAAUUCGCCCAGAGGGUAUCAACUGUGGAACUUGGUGCAGCUCGUGUAAAUAAAGAAAGCAGUGAGGUAUUAGAGCUUAAAGCUCAGAUAGAGAACCUCAAAAAAGCAUUGGGUGACAAGGAAGUCCAGACUCCUCUUACGAGAAAAACAAAGGAAGCAGCAAGAACUCCAUCACAGAAACUUAAAACAAUGACCGAGCGAACACCUCCACGUACCAGACGCUUAAGCAUCGAAAAUGGCAAGACCGUGGAAUUGGAGAGAUCAACAAAUAAUGACGACAAAAGAGGAGCCAAAACUCCUUCUGUUAAACCUAAACAAUUCACUGAGAAAACACCUCCACCACGCUCCAGAAGGUUAAGCAUUGAAAAUGUCACCACUGCACCAGUAGAAAGAUCAAUCAAUCACACUGACAAAAGAGGAGCCAAAACCCCUCCUGCAGCACAAACUAGCUCUCGAAGAUUAAGUCUUGAAGGGCCAAGAUAUCUGCUGAAAGAUUCCGAUCACAUCAAAUUACCGGAAAUGAUGAGCAAGCCUAUAAAGCCAGAUGAAAGAUGCUUGCAAAAUCACAGUCAGCUUGAAGAUGGAAAGUCAAUCACAAUUACGUGUGGGCAAAAAGAGAGCAGUGGGGGGUCCCCGAAGUCCCCUAAGUUCUGCUCCCAAAAGUCCACUGCUUAAAAUUGAUACAGCAACAAUCAAGGUUCCAUCAUUUCAAAUUCCCAAAACACCUGAAGCUCAAAUAAAAUCAAGAAAUGAGAUCCAAAGAGUGCUGCCAAGUGACCAUAAUAUUAGUUCCCGAAUCCAGACACCUUGCUCAACUCAGGGAAAAGGAUCUCACAUAAGAAAGUCGCUUCGAACUAUUGGGAAAAUGAUUAAUGGAUCAGAGAAGAGGAAUCAACAGAAACCGAAUGGAAUAACCACACCGUUGCAUGGCGCUGGUACCAUACCUGAUGCAAAGUCACCGACUUCAUCUAAUGGCAAGGCUUUGAGGAGGCAGUCAAUAACUAGCAUACAGCAACCAGAAAGGUCGAGACGAUCUUCACUUGGAGGGGUUUCAACUGACUCCUAUGGAAACGACAACAGGAAUGCAAAGACACCCCCCCAAGUUCGCGCUUCAAUAAAGUUAACAAAACGCUGGCUUUAGAAUCAUUAAGGCUGCUUGAACAGGGGUAGGUUUUGCUUUGACUCGAAGCAUACCACAAGAACUUGACAUUUGCUUUUAGACACAGAAGUUGCUGAAGUUCAAGGUUCCUUGCUGACAAACUAACUAAAACUAGUAGUUUAAACAGUUAUUCUUGUAUAGAACUGGGGUGGGGGGAUGAAUUCUUUGAUGUCCUGGAUUUGUAACUUAGAUCAAUAAAUGAUACCAUAGUUCUCUCAUUUUGACGAAAUUUUUUAUGCGAAACGACAUAUCAUAUGUUGAGAUGUUGGCAGAAGAACUGUUAUGUCUAGAAUGAAAGCAGUGCAUGUGAGCAGCACUUGACUUUUAAGUUGAAAAGCAUCAUGUC